AUUGUGUAGAUGUCUUAAGCCUGGCUUUGAAGGCUUAAAUUCUAUUUAACCAGGGAGGUGAGACCUUAGCUCCCUGAUUUAACCAACAGCAUGGCGCCAAAGGCAUCUCCAGAUACCCGGGAUCUCGGCGACCAGCUGAGCUGUUCCGAAAUCAUGAGCCUCAUUGGGAACCUCCAUAAAGGGACCCCAUUAACGGACUUGGUCAUACAGUUCAUUAAGAUCGCAGAUGCCGCCAGAGAAAUGCUCUACACAUGGCACUCCAACGAAGACCCAGCCAACGCGCAGAGGGUGCUGGCAGAGAUUUCGAAAGGUAGGGAGAGGCUUGAAGAAAUUUUGAGAUCAGAUGAUGGACACGAAAGAGAAAGCCUCGUUAGUAUAGCCCAAAAUGUCGAAGGUGGGGCCCCAACACUGAUGCAGGACAUAAGACCUAUAUCCCUGCCGGAGCCCUUUCAACCAUCAUCAGCACCAUACCUCUCCCGCCCAAGAAAACGAACCCAAUGUUCCCAAACUCCUGCAGGGCAUGAGACCAAUACGCCUGGAGCCAGUGAACCAUCAUCAGCACCCUGCCCCUCCCGCCCCAAGAUACGAGCCGUCGCCAAUCCCCCUCAACAACCAGACACAGUACCCAUGCGAAUACCCCAGCAAACCAGCGAUGAGAUUACGGAGAUCAAGCUAAGGGACGUUUCCAUCAAGCUUGGUGGCGAGUGGAGGACGGUUGGAACUUAUUUAGGCUUUGGCAACUCUCAGAUUGAGGUUAUGCAGGAAGAAUAUCGAGUCGUUAAGGAAUGUAUCUUCCAGAUGUUACUACAAUGGCGAAAAACCAAUGGUGUCAAGGCUACAAAGGAAAAAUUUAAGAAGGCACUGAGGCGAUCGCAGCGUGAAGAUUUGGCAGAUUUCAUAGACGAAGCGGAUGAUUUAAUCCUAGCUAACUGACAAAAACUUUGAUGAUAUGACAGACUGAUGAAGCAAUUCCAGAGUCAUGUAAAAGUGCUCCUCUCCCCCCCCCCCCCCCCCCCCCCUCUCAUUUUUUUGUGCUUUGGCGGCACUUAUGUCCUUGGGCAGGACGUUAAAUGGCAACCUGGCAAAACUACUUGGCAAUAAAUUAAUGCAAUAAAGCUUUUUAUACUUUUUAUACUUUUUA